GCAAGUUCUGACCUGGGCAAGCUGGUCCAGGGACUCAGACUGGGAACAGCUGUGACGAUGUUACGGUGUGGCUCCCGGCGCCUUGGCUGUCUGCGCGCUGCAUUCCGGUCCCUGACUCAGACCGACCACCGGAGUGUCACCCUCUGCAUCGAUCCUUCCGUGGGACUAAAUGAAGAACAGAAAGGAUUUCAGAAAGUGGCCUUUGACUUUGCUGCUCGGGAAAUGGCUCCCAAUAUGGCGGAGUGGGAUCAGAAGGAGCUGUUCCCUGUGGAUAUGAUGCGGAAGGCAGCACAGCUGGGUUUUGCGGGGGUCUACGUCCAAACAGACGUGGGUGGGUCUGGACUGUCCCGCCUCGAUGCUUCUGUCAUCUUUGAAGCAUUGGCCACAGGCUGCACCAGCACCACUGCCUAUAUGAGCAUCCACAACAUGUGUGCCUGGAUGAUUGAUAGCUUUGGAAAUGAGGAACAGAGGCACAAAUUUUGCCCACCGCUCUGUACCAUGGAGAAGUUUGCUUCCUACUGCCUCACUGAACCAGGAAGUGGGAGUGAUGCUGCAUCUAUUCUAACCUCAGCCAAACGACAAGGAGAUCAUUACAUCCUCAACGGUUCCAAGGCCUUUAUCAGUGGGGGUGGUGAGUCAGACAUCUAUGUGGUCAUGUGCCGGACUGGAGGAUCAGGCCCCAAAGGCAUCUCCUGCAUAGUCGUUGAGAAGGGAACCCCUGGCCUUAGCUUUGGCAAGAAGGAGAAGAAGGUGGGGUGGAACUCACAGCCAACCCGAGCAGUGAUCUUCGAAGACUGUGCUGUCCCUGUGGCCAACAGAAUUGGGAGCGAGGGGCAGGGCUUUCUCAUCGCCAUGAAAGGACUGAACGGCGGAAGGAUCAAUGUUGCAUCCUGCUCUCUUGGGGCUGCUCAUGCUUCAAUUCUCCUUACCCAAGAGCACCUCAAGGUCCGGAAGCAGUUUGGAGCGCCUCUAGCCAGAAACCAGUACCUGCAAUUCCAGUUAGCAGACAUGGCCACCAGGCUGGUUGCCUCUCGGAUGAUGAUCCGCAGGGCAGCAGUGGCUUUGCAGGAGGAGCGGGAAGACGCAGUGGUCCUGUGCUCCAUGGCCAAGCUCUUUGCUACAGAGGAAUGCUUUACUAUCUGUAACCAGGCUGUGCAGAUGCAUGGGGGUUAUGGCUACCUGAAGGAUUAUGCUGUCCAACAGUAUAUGAGGGACGCCAGGGUCCACCAAAUCCUAGAAGGUAGCAAUGAAGUAAUGAGGAUACUGAUCUCUCGGAGCCUGCUUCAGGACUAGCUCCCCAGCUGGAGACUCCAGCCUGGAGUUCAUGUGCAGCCACAAUCAGUGUUGAGUGCUCCUACAGGCCGUUCAGUUGCUAACGGAUCCUGCUAUACAUUGAAGGGCCGUGCUCGUCUGUUAGAGGACCUGAACGCUCAGCAGCAAUGCUGGCUCUGAGUGUGAUAGGAACAGGGUUGUCAGUAGAGCAGAAAGGGCCCUGAGGAGCCAUACCAGAAGAUCUGCCACCCUGCUUUCCUCGUUCUGGGAAGAAGCAGUCAGCACUGUGGCUUGGAUCCACAUGAUGUACGUUUUAUUAAUUCUUGACCUAGGGUCUGGGUACUUCAGUGAAGCGUUUCCUGAUUGCAGAGGCAGUGUGGGAGGCAAGGGCAGCGGACAGCCUGUCUCUUUCUGUUCUCUGUUCUGCACUGACAGUGUCUCAGGACAGCAAUCCUGAACUCAGAUCAUGAUGAAAUGAAUUAUCUGGGAACCUACUGCUAAGCUAUGAAUUGGGGUGCACACUCCUACCACGUAAUAAAUGUCAAGGACUAAGGUUAUUUGGAACAUUUGGAUUUUUAUAUGGGCUUUUAUUUCCUCUUUGGGGGCUGCUUAUUUUUUAAAUACUUUUAUUAGUACUUUGGUAAAUAAAAUCUACCUCUUUUCUCUGUCCUUCAACUAUAAAUUAAAACUAUACUUGAUUCAGUA